AUGGCUGAGCCUUCUGGCGUUUGCCUUAGCAGCAAGAAGUCCAAGAAAGCUGGCUCUAAGACUAAGAAGCAGAAGACGCAAAAGCGAAGCCGUUGCCGCCGCAAUUGUUUCUGCCUCUUUAUUUACAGGACCCUGAAGAAGGUUCGCGCUGAACUUGGCAUUUCACGGAGGGCCGUGGGCGUCAUCAAUUGUUUACUUAACGACAUCUUGGAGCGCAUCGCAGAAGAGGCCACCCACCUGGCCCGUUACACCAGUCACUCGACCAUCACAUCCAGAACGCUCCAGACCGCCGUGCGCCUGAUGCUGCCCGGGGAGAUUGGCAAGCUCGCAGUGUCCGAGGCCACCAAGGUCGUUACUAGGUACAAAAGCCGCAAAUGA